UGACCGUUAUCUGUUUACCGGACAAAGAAUUAGUAUUCUUGUUUACUCUGUUUACGCCGGGCAUUGGAGUCAUGCAGACGUUACUUGUCCUGAUUGUCUUUUGUUUAGGCAGUGUGGUCUGUAUUCAUGUGAUCGAUUUGUCUUCCUCCAAUUCGGACGUAACAUGGACAUUUGAAAGUAAAAAUGGAUCAAUAACAGGCCGCGGUUCGGUGCCCGGCGGCAUCUACUCGGACCUGCAGAAGGCGGGAGUAAUUGGCGACAUCCUCUCGGGUUUUAAUGACGUGGCCUCGAGAUGGGUUGCUUACGACUCCUGGACUUACACUGGACGAGUGACAAUAAACCAGUUACCGGACACGAAUGUUGCUCACUUGGUUCUUAAAGGCGUCGAUACGGUGGCUUUCGUCGAAGUAAAUGGGAGUCCCGUCGGUAGCACGAACAAUAUGUUCGUGCGGUACGUCUUUGACAUCAAGUCGCAGUUGAAGGCAAGAGAUAAUGAGAUCAGAAUAACUUUCGUAUCGCCAGUAGAAGCAGCUCAAUUACGCUCGGAGAAGCACUUCGCAGCACCUGAGUGUCUCCCGGAUGUCUACAAUGGCGAGUGCCACGCCAACCAACUGCGCAAGAUGCAGGCGUCUUUUGCGUGGGAUUGGGGCCCGGCCUUUCCAUCAGUGGGAUUAUGGAAACCAGCAUAUAUUGAAUUUUACAACUCCGCUAUUAUUCGAUCAGUGACAACGCAUGCGGAGAAAGUUGGUGCGCAUUGGGACCUAAAGAUAGUGGCACAUUUGGAGUCCUGUCGCAAGAGGAAACGAAUUGACGGACGAAUCAGGACUUCGAUAAAAGUAAAUGGAGCACAAACGCUCACUGUGGAUAGAGUUUUUCAAUCUACGACAAGAGACGAUGGGACCAGUGAAGCUGAACUUAAUAUGAAUAUUAGCGAGAACGUUAUAAGUCUUUGGUGGCCUAAUGGGUUCGGAGACCAGCCGUUGUAUGAUUUGGAUUUGAGGUUUACUUCAGAUGAUUCUAAAGAAACUUAUGAAAUACACAGACAAAUCGGCUUUCGCAUUGUGGAAGUUGUAGAGGAAGACACUUCUCUAUUACCUUGCAAUGAUACAGCGGGACCAGGCCUUUCCUUUUAUUUCAAAGUCAAUGGUUAUCCCAUCUUCAUGAAAGGCUCAAACUGGAUACCUGCAAAUAUCCUACCUGAACUUGGGAGCGAUAAGAAAACAGUGGAUGAGCUCCUGCUAUCUGCCCGCGAGGCGCACAUGGCCAUGCUACGAGUUUGGGGCGGCGGGGUGUACGAGUCAGAUUACUUCUAUCAGCGUUGCGACCAGCUCGGCAUACUCAUCUGGCAAGACUUCCUGUUCGCUUGCUCGAUGUAUCCAGCCGACGAUGAGUUUCUUAAAACCGUCAAGGUGGAAAUUGAACAAAAUGUGAUCAAUCUUCAGCACCAUCCGUCAAUCGCAAUCUGGGCUGGCAAUAAUGAAAACGAAGCUGCUUUGCGGGGCAAUUGGUAUUUCACUAACCCUCAGUUCAUGAAAUACAAGAAAGAAUAUGUAAAACUUUACGUAGACACCAUUAAACCCAUCGUGGAAGGUUUGGAUCCCGGUCGUCGCUACAUAGCCUCCAGUCCGUCAAAUGGAAAAGAGUCUGAGGAAGAAGGUUACAUAUCAGAGCAUCCUUAUGACCCGCAUUAUGGAGACACACAUUACUACAAUUAUCUUUUAGACAAUUGGAAUCAAAAUAUUUAUCCCAAGACGAGGUUUGCGUCCGAGUAUGGAUUUCAGUCUCUGCCGUCUCUCGCAACGAUGAGAACUGCGACGAAUAAUGAGUCUGACUUUCAAGUGGAUAGCCCAUAUUCUGUUCACAGGCAGCAUAGUCCGGGUGGAUACGGUUUUAUUCAAGACCAAAUGAAUCGUUAUUUCCGAUUGGAUAAAAGUGAUACGAAAUAUUUUGAAAAAUUUGUUUACUAUAGUCAAAUAUCACAAGCAAUGGCGAUGAAAGCGGAAACGGAAUUCUAUCGGCAGAGCCGAGCCGAUUGGUACACUAUGGGCGCUUUGUACUGGCAACUGAACGAUGUCUGGCAGGCUCCGUCUUGGUCUGGCAUUGAGUACGGUGGCAAAUGGAAGAUGCUCCAUUAUUUUGCCAAAUCCUUCUUCGCGCCAGUCUUAGUGUCACCUAGACUGCUGCUAACCCACGAUGUGGACAUUUACCUGUUAAAUGACCGAUUUGUCCCCAUAACCAGUGGAAUCAUAACCGUUGAUUUCUUCAACUGGACCAGCACAACGCCAAUGCGAUCAAUACUAAUCGCCGCCAACGCAAACCCGUUGUCAUCAAUAAAGGUCCCUAUUAGUAUAGCGUUAUGGAAAGAGGACAUUAAUGAAGUGUUUUUAAGGUUCUCUUUAGUUGCGGAUGGAGUUAGUUCUUCACCAUACAAUUAUGUUUUCCCAACUCCAUUCAAGUCCGUCAAAGGAUUGAAGAAACCAAAUAUUCAGAUUAACGUUUUAAGCAACAUCAAACCUUCUACGGACGGAUUUCGGUACACAGUGGAAAUAACCACAGAUACAGUAGUUCUGUUCCUGUGGCUGGAGACACAGAAGCCUGGCCGGUUCGAAGAUAAUGGAAUCAUAGUGACCGACCCGCGCAUCACGGUCAACUAUGUGAGCAAUAAGCAGAUGUCACCGCAAGACUUGGAGAAAUCCAUACACUAUCAUUAUUAUGUGCAGGAAUAAUGUUUAAAAUGUGCAGUUUUAUAAAAUUUCCAAUACGAGUAUU